AUGCAAGCCCUGAGCUUAUUCCUACCUAGUUUCGCAGGUGUUGGUGGCACGCUUAUGUCCUGUUCAUCAAGGAGUUUUCCAACCCGCACAUACCGGCGGUCAUUGUUUACAAUGGGCGAUUUGAAAGGUUCCAGAAAGCGCAAGGCAGUCACCAGGGAUCUAGACGAGGAGCCUGGAGUGGUCUCCGGGGACGAACUUAAUCUGGAUGCUUUGGAUGGAGACCUCUCCGAUAAAUCUCAUGACACGGAGCACAGUAGCGACUCCGAAAUAGAACUGGUCGACGACCUCAGCAGCGACGAUGGGGAGGAAUAUGAGGAUGAAUUUGACAGUGAUGAAAUUCCCUCGGACAUUGAGUCCAAGCCUAUUAGGGAAAAGUCAAAGCCGGACCGUGGUGUCGACAUCUUUGUUCGCGGCGAAGAGGUAACAUCCGACGGUGAAUUAGGAGACGGAUAUGAUGAUGAUAAACUAAAUUACCGAGUGACAAAGGAUGCCAAUGGAAAUGAGCGGUAUAUAUAUGAUGAAAUCAACCCAGAUGACAACUCAGAUUACUCCGAAGCGGACGAAAAUGCGAACACCAUUGGCAACAUUCCCCUCUCCUUUUACGACCAAUAUCCGCACAUCGGUUAUAACAUCAAUGGCAAAAAGAUAAUGCGACCAGCAAUGGGGCAGGCUCUUGAUACUCUCCUGGAUAGCAUUGAACUUCCCAAGGGAUUUACAGGCCUGACUGACCCGUCCACUGGAAAACCCUUGGAAUUAAACCAAGAUGAAUUGGAACUACUGCGCAAGGUGCAGAUGAAUGAAAUCACCGAAGAUGGCUACGACCCUUACCAGCCAACUAUCGAGUACUUUACUAGCAAAUUGGAAAUCAUGCCAUUGAACGCGGCACCAGAACCCAAAAGGCGGUUUGUCCCCUCGAAACACGAGGCUAAACGGGUGAUGAAACUCGUCAAGGCAAUCAGAGAAGGCCGGAUACUUCCCUAUAAGCCACUAACAGAGAAAGCUGAAGCGGAGGAGGGCGUGUGGACAUAUGACCUCUGGGCCAAUGAAACCCCACGGGCAGACCACCCCAUGCACAUACCUGCCCCUAAGCUUCCUCCCCCUGGUUAUGAGGAAAGUUACCAUCCACCACCGGAGUAUCUACCAGAUGAAAAAGAGAAAGCAGCCUGGUUAAAUACAGACCCAGAGGAUCGAGAGAGAGAAUAUCUACCCGCUGAUUAUGAUGCUCUUCGAAAGGUUCCCGGUUAUGACUCAUUUGUCAAGGAGAAAUUUGAGCGCUGCCUUGAUUUGUAUUUGGCCCCCAGAGUUAGAAGGAGUAAACUAAAUAUCGACCCCGAAAGUUUGCUUCCUAAGUUGCCCAGCCCAGAAGAGCUGAAACCUUUCCCGUCAACCUGCGCAACUCUAUUUCGUGGACACAGUGGGCGUGUUCGAACACUGGCCAUUGAUCCAACUGGGGUCUGGCUUGCAAGUGGUGGUGACGAUGGCACAGUCCGUGUGUGGGAACUUCUUACGGGCCGACAGAUCUGGAGUGUGAAGCUGAGCGAUGAAGAGCCUGUCAACGUUAUCCGAUGGAGGCCUUCGAAAGAUGCUGUGGUUUUAGCAGCUGCCACUGGAGAUAGCAUCCACCUUAUUGUCCCUCCGAUACUCGAUCCGGAAAUGGAAAAGGCUAGCCUUGAUAUUGUUGAUGCUGGAUGGGGUUACGCUAAAACGUUGACCUCAGAUAGCACGAAGAAGACGUCAGCACAAUGGACUCGUCCUUCGCCCUCACUUCUCGACUCCGGUGUCCAGGCUGUUAUCUCACUCGGUUAUGUGGCCAAGUCUCUCUCCUGGCACCGACGCGGCGAUUACUUCGUGACCGUAUGCCCCGGCACAGCCACCCCCGUCUCUCUCGCGAUCGCAAUCCACACCCUCUCCAAACACCUCACGCAGCACCCCUUCCGCCGUCGCCUGAAGGGUGGCGGUCCACCCCAAGCCGCUCACUUCCACCCAUCCAAACCAAUCCUUUUCGUCGCAAACCAGCGUACUAUUCGCUCGUACGAUCUUUCCCGCCAGAGCCUCGUCAAGAUUCUCCAGCCAGGUGCCCGGUGGAUCUCCUCCUUCGAUAUCCAUCCGACCUCCUCGACCACCUCUGGCGGCGACAAUCUAAUUGUCGGCUCUUACGAUCGCCGCCUCCUCUGGCACGAUGUCGACCUCUCUCCGCGUCCGUAUAAAACGCUCCGUUAUCACCAAAAAGCCAUCCGCGCCGUGCGGUAUCAUUCCAACUAUCCACUAUUUGCUGAUGCUAGUGAUGAUGGCUCUCUCCAGAUUUUCCACGGAAGUGUCACGGGCGAUCUGCUGAGUAAUGCGAGCAUCGUCCCGUUGAAGGUCCUCCGUGGCCAUAAGGUCACAGGAGAAUUAGGUGUUUUGGAUCUAGAUUGGCAUCCGAGGGAGGCAUGGUGUGUCAGCGCAGGUGCGGAUGGAACAUGUCGGCUGUGGACAUAA